AUUACAGUAUAAGAAUAAAAUCUUUCUAGAGAGUAAAGAUAAUAUAAUCUGCUCAGGCAGUCAUUGUUGUUAUGCACGAGUAGAGAGCUGCGUGCCGUCUGUAGGCUAUUUGUGGCGUUUGUGAACCUAUAAUUGGAAGUGUGCAGUGCUCCAUAGUUAUCUAGAUGGCAAGAGGCUCCAGCUCAUUUGCAGUCGAGAAGCCAGGGCUAAAGCAAUGUAGACACAGCACCAUAUGUCCAAACAAACGCUCAACACAAGCAAUAGCAUGGCUUUGGAGCAGCCACGCGGGGCCUUUGGAAAGGUCUCCAUUGUCUUUGCAACCAAGCUCAAGUCAUUUACCUUCCUGCCAGUUCUGAAAAAGCUGCCUACAGAGAACAGGGUUAAAUCAGUGUGGAAGAAAGGGUCAAGUAAACGGAAUGAGGCUUUGGAAGACCAUGAGGCUGCAGAAGGGAAAACAUUUGAUGAAGGUACUUUCAAUGCCAAAGUUGUCUACGUUAGUGACAUGGAGCCCCAAGAGAUGACCAAGCACUCUGAAACUCAGAAAUCUACUACCAAGUCAGCUAUUGCCCCAUUGCCUAUCCCAGCUGUGGCUCAUGGUGAAAUAAGCUGCACAAGCCCAAAGCCUCACCCUGGCACCCUGGACACAGUUGAUAAUAAACAUACAAGGACCCCCCUGCUAGGGUGUCACAACACUGAAGCUGAGGUCAGCUCAGGGCUGAUUUUAAACAGUGAGUCUCAGAGAGAGGAGGAGGUCCUGAGCCCAGUCAGCUCUGUGGACAUUUUUACAUCUCCUUUCUCUUCUAAAGAGUCCAUCCUCUCUGAGGGCUGGGAGCAGGAAACAGGCUGGUCUGCGCUCCAAAUGCUAUCUCCCAGUGGUUCUGUCUCCCCCUGUUCAUCUGUGAGGUCAGGGGCUUUUACCCCAUCAGUACUGAGAAUCAAGUGCCACAAACUUGCCCCAGGCUCCAGCCUAAUGCAGAUGCCGCUUACCUCCUGCCAGACACUUGGUUGCAACAGACAUAUCACCUCACCAUGCCCCUUGUCCACCCGUGCCCGACACAGGCCCCCACCCACACAACUGUCACUGUUAACGGCCAUCUUGAGGAAGGGCCGUUUGCCAGUCCUUUCUUCUGCCUUGCAGAGGCCCUACUCUCCUUGUUGGCCCAUUAGCCCAGUAAACAUGUCCUCCUGUUUGGCCUGUUCAGCGGCUUCAACUGUAGCUCCUAUGGUGGGCUUACGAGCAAAGUCAUGUUUGUCUAAAGGCACAAAUUGUACAGAGCUCAGUUGCAAAGCACGGCCAAAGCCACCAGGUUUAAUUGCUAAGACAGAGCCUGUGUCACCCAAGGACCAGAACAAGGGAAGGCGCUCUUUAACAGCAGUAGAAACAUCAGAUGCAAUUGACUCUAACACAAAUGCAGCCAGAAGUAGGAUUAUUUCGAUGCCAGAAGGAAUAAGUUCUUUGACCAUGUCAAGUUACUCUCCUUCUGAGCCUCCUCCAGCACACUUAUGCAAACAGUCCCAUAAAGAUAUUCAUGUAUCCACAGACCCCAGCUUGAUGCUUGGUUCACCUUCCUCUAGACCAAUGUCUUUAUCUCCUGAAGCCAAUUUAGACCAAGGAAAUGGACACAAAUCAAAUGACACAUCUCCUAUUGUAAGAAAAACAAAACCUUGUCAGACAUCAUCCAAUGAUUUGAAACUUGUGCAGAUGGCACAUGAACGAUCUCCUACCCCUGAUCACAAACCCAUUCAACAGUCUCAAGACAUCUUAGCUUCAGCAGUCCCAAAGUACAUAGAUGUCAGACCAGGCUCACAUUUGCGAAAUUACAGGAAAAUCUCUCAAGAGCUAGAGAAAAUUCAUUCAGUAUCCCCAGUUUUUCAACAUUCUCCUUCCCCAAGGAUUGCUGGCCUCACCCAUCUUGCCGACACACCUUCUAUUUCACCUGUCCUCCUCUCACCAAGGCCAGGCUCCUGCACUUCUACAUCAGACUGCUACACAUUGUCUUCAUCUCCAGCGGUCCCCUAUCAUCAUCUCUCCCCUUCUCCCUCUUACUCACUCUGUUCCUCACCUACUCCAUCCCAAAGGGACAGUACUCCAGACUGCAUAGACAGGGGUAGCAAAAAGCCAUACAAGAUCAAGUCCACCUACAAGGCUCUUGCUGCUAUUCCAACAAAUACUCUCCUUCUGGAACAGCAGGCAAUUGAUGAUGAGGUUGAUAAGAAUAAUGCUCCUCUGAACCCUAGUGACAGUUUUGCAUGGGAGGACCCUCAUUCUCAGAUGUGCAGCCCUGCCCAGCUCCGACAGCAGUCCAAAGAGCUGUAUCAAGUGAUUGAUGAAGUAUUAAAGGACACAAACGAAGCAAGACCCUCAAGUUCUGCUAACAAAUUCACUGCAAAGUCUGUGGCAUCUGAAGCAACAAGGAAACUAACACCAUCGCCAAGAUCUUUAGGACGAGAAACAAAAUAUGCUACUUUUCAUCUCCAACCCCCUGCACAUGCUGAAAAAAUACUGACAAAGCCUGGGGUUAUAAGACCAGCCAUGGUUAUGUCAAGAUUAGAUGAUGACAAAGAGAAAAGCUGUUUUUCAAAUACAUAUCAAAAACAACAAGAUAGAUUCUCCACUGACCACCAGAACAAGAUUGCCAGCAGUACGUUGUCCACAAAGGAUGAGCCUCAUGGAAGAGGAGAUUUGGAAGGGGAGAAGGAUUCCUCUGAAGUACGUGAGAAGUGUAUGUCAAGCUCAACACUUGUGAAGAAUCAGGCCAGGGAAUACAGCACUCCAUCGCCAAGAGGCAUGUCUCUAUAACGUGUCCCCACCACUGUAAAGCCCAUGAAGGGUGAAAAUGGAAACCAAUGAUAGUAAUAUUGAAGUGUUCACACAGAAUGUGUUAGACAAA